GAUAUCCUGAUCAUUUAUUGGAUACAAGGGGUCCUUGCGAGUUCUAUUUUUCCAAAAUAAAAUUAUUGAAAAAUUCUAAAAUUUCUUUCCAAAUUUCUUGAAGAUUUGUGCCUGUAAGUCUCUCAAGAUAUGGUGGAUUAUAGCAAGUGGGAUCACAUUGAGGUAUUAGUUUUUAAAUAUGUUCUAUAAAGGAUGACAGAAAGUUGAGAAUUUUUUAGUUUUUCAAGGCACAUAGCCGCACAUUUUGACGCAUGCAUGUAGUGAUGUAGAUUGGGUUUUACUGCCGCAAUGGUGGUGAACCAGUAGUUAUCAGAGAGAAAAUAAUAUUCCUCAUAUGUAAUAAUCUCGUAUUUGGGCAAAUGAAUACACUUCAGAGAUGUAGAUUAAAUGUUUCUGCUCCUAUAACCUUAAUGGCCACUGACCACCAGAUGUCCAGAUCUGCUGUGAAAUUGGCUGUGACAUCAUUUGUCAAUAGAAGUGCAAUUUACAAACAAAAAUACACAUAGUUUACGCAAAGACUGCAAGCAAAGACAAAUUACAGAAGCAUGCAAUGCUAUAGGAAGCUCUUUUUUAUUGGGGGCUGGGGAUGAGGGCCGGAGGCCCGAGGAAAUUUUUAAAUUUAGAUUCUCUGAAAUGCCAUUUCCUGGACUUUGGGGAAGUUUUGACAGAAUUCUGAUGGUCAGAAAACAGAGUUUUAGUGCGAUAUUUGUGAUGUUACUCUGACUAUACAUCCACAGCGAGCAAGCUGAAAAGUUUGCUUGGCCACGAAUCGAACCCGCGACCUUUGGGAUACUAGUCCAAUGCUCUGCCAACUGAGCUACGAGGUCAAGUCGGUUCGAGUUGUUAAUAGAGUUUUAGUAUGUCGAAAUUUACAACUUGCUUACAAUUUAGUAGAACUAAAUGGGCGAAGGCGUAUUUAAUAAUUAACUAUAUAUUGAAGGAAAGAGUAUGGGUAAUAUGAUUUUUUGCGGUUUGUCAUGGAUAAUGUAGCCGCUUAAAAUUAAUCAAUAGACCUUUCCCCUUAUGAGUGAAAUUUUGAUCUAGACAAGCCAGGCUGGACAAAAAUUUCAUCACAGCUUGAAAAAGCAUCACAAAGUUAGUACUAUUCCGAAGUUUCGUUACAAAAUGUUUUAAAAUGCGGAUUAUCAUAACAUAGCCUUUCAAAAUUUGCCGUUUUUCAGUCGGAAAGUGUAAUGCAUCAAUUUCCCGCGGCAAACUUUGCAAGGCUAUAUUAUCCGCAUUUUACAACAUUCAAUGAAACUUCGGAAUAUUCGACUAAUUUUGUGAUGCUCUUUCAAGCUGUGGUGAAAUUUUUGUCCAGGCUUGUGUAGAUCAGAAUUUCACCCAAAACGGGAAAGGUCUAUUGUAGAGGUGUGCAAAUCCGAUCCGAAACCGAUCAGAUUUGUUCGGAUUUCGGAACCAAAAUAUAAUAAAUUUCGGAUCGGAUUGAUAAAGUUGUUUUGUAGUCGGAUCGGAUCGGACUUUGAUAUUAAUUAUCCAUGCAUUAUCGCAAGAAUUAAUUAUCCAUGCAUUUAUCUUUUGUCAGAUUCUCGAUAUGUAUUUCUUGCUUUUUCCCCCAGUCCCUCCCCCCGACUGCUACGGCCCUGAGAAGUAACAAACCGAAAAACAUUUACCGAUUUACGAUUUGUUUUAUGUUAUCCAUGUAAAUGCCGUGAUUUCGUAAAUCAGUUUAUACUAAUUAUGGUUUAUACUGACAAUACCAUUUUAUAAUAUUUUCUCUGUUCAAACAACUACAAUUUUGUUAUACUAUUAUUGCCGUAAUUUUCCGAAUGGCCAACCCGAUUUUCCGAAUAUGUUAAUUCUACCAAAGUUGGGGGGGGGGGUUAACCACCCCCCCAAUACCCCCCUCACUACGGCCCUGAAUGUGGAUAAUAUAGCCUUACGAAGUUUGCCGUUUUUCAGUCAUUUUGCAUUACAGAUGGGAAAUUGAUAAUCAGUUUGAUCACGGGAAGACCGUUGGAAUGUUAUUAAUAUUUCGUAUCUUUUGAACUUUCUUGAAUUGAACCUCUAGUCUGUAUUCAUUUACAAGCAUAGUGCACCAGAAGAGUGUUGAAAAUUCAGUAUAAUAUAUAUCUAAUCAUAUUUUACAACUGUAGCACUGAGUUCAAAAUGUAAACAAAGCGUUUGUUUACAUUACGGACUUUACAUGGUCUCUAAUAUCUUAAUACGUAUUUUAAAUAAAACCCGGUUCACUCGGUUUUUUUGAAUUUUUUUGGUCGGUUUUCGUUUUUUUGUAGAAACCGCCCCACGCUAGUCAUAAUCAAGUGAAAAGUAUAUUCACUAGUUUUGAGCGUGUGUUACGUAACAUACAAAAGAUUCUCCUCUUAAUAAAACCUGCUAACUGAAAAUGUUUUUGCUGCAGGUUAGCGAUGACGAGGAUGAGACGCAUCCAAAUAUUGAUACGCCAAGUUUGUUUCGCUGGCGACAUCAAGCGAGAGUUGAGAAAAUGGAUGAAUUGAAGAAGGAGAGAGAUACAGUCGACAGUGAAGUUAAAACGUAAGCCAGUGAUGCAAAUAUGGUAAAAUUGUACUCAGGAGCGGAUCUACCAUGGGCGUGCAGGGGAGUCGCACCCCACCUACAGCGCUGUCUAGCACCCCCUCGAGAAAUCCAGCACCACCCUAAAAAUAUCUGCUUGAACAUGCAUUUUCUGAUUUUCGAAUAAGACUAGCGGAACUUCCACUGUUAGUGCGUGUCGAUUUCUUGGAAAUGAUUUAAUUGAUUUGUGAGAUCACAAAAAAAUAUCAGAAUACUUUAGUUAAAUAUCAUAUAAACAUGUCAAGGUUGUUCUACAGCCAUAUUUUCAAAUAUACUGUACUUAAACAUGCAAAUUUACUGUACUGUGCUACAGCAACUGACCAGUCACGCAUACAUGAUAAAAAGCCAAUGUAAACUUUAUAAACAAAAGAUAAUGUAAAAUUUAACAGAACGGCGAACAUGCAGAUUCGGCCAUCUCAAAUAAUGGUAAUGUUGCGAUAGUAGCUUUGCAGACUGCAGAGGAGAGUGGGCAGUAAGGCUCCCUCAUGCACCACCCCAUGGAAAACCUGCACCCCUCCUUGCAGAUGAGGCUAGAUCCACCCCCGUAUGGCAUACCUCAUAAUUUUACUGAUCAAGAAGAAGAAGUUACAUUACCGGUAAUCAUUUUACAUUAAUCAGCGGUAUACCAUUUGUGUUUGUGUAUAUGUAGAUAUGCGAGCAAGCUCCAUGAAAUUGAAGAGAAAUUAAAGGCAGCUGAGUUGAAUGACAAACCAAAAGAUGUUGAAAAAUACAAGAAAGAACUCGCAGAAAUUCAUAAGCAGGUACAGAUAAAAAUUGUAAUUAACCCAUUCAUCGCCAGUGCUCUCCCCUUGCCGAGUAAAAUUGUCUGGCGUUAGACAGAGUAAUAUAAUAAAGUAGGGCACAUUGAAGCACGAUGCAACUUAGAAAUCAAAAUGUUUUUGUAAUUGUAUUUAUUUUGUCUCCUCUGCAUUUUCUAGGAAGAUCAUUUCAAAAAGAAGGAAAUGGAACUUGCUAAGAAAGAAAAAGUAAAUAAAAUAAUUUUCUUUCUUAAGGUGGAGUUACACGAGCAACAAAAUUGCUGCAACUUGCAACAAAAUCUGAUUUCAACGCAUGUUAAGUAGAAAUGUCGACACAUGCAGGGUUCGAAAUAACGGUUCGUGCUUCGUGAAUCACGAAUCAAUUUUCAUUUUUCGCGAACCCAAUUUCAUAGAAAUUGAUCAAAAUCACGAAUCAAAAGUUUCUCAAAUUGAUAAAAAUAUACAAUAAUAAAUUUGUAAAUGUGAUGAAGAAUCAUAUAUUCUGAAGAUAUUGUUGUUAGAUUGUACUUAAAAACGAGUAUAAUUCCACCCAAAAUUCUAUUUCUUUGCGAGUUUGCGAUGUAUAUUAUAUUUUUGAUUAGAGAAUUAGAGAAAAUUCCUUGAAAAUUCUUUAAUAUUUCCUUAAAAUAAAAAAAUUAAUUCACGAACCAUUUUUUCAGAAUUAAUUCGAACCCUGACAUGUUGCCUCGUGAUUUGUAAUUUAUGUGUAUAAACAUUUUCAAUUAACAUGCGUAGAAAUCAGAUUUUGUUGCAAGUUGCAGCAAUUUUGUUGCUCGUGUAACUCCAGCUUAAGUAUAAAUUAUUUUUAAUUCUAUAGGAUUCAAAAGUUUGUAGUCAUAGCCUGAAGAUUUUGAGAUUAAACUGCCCGAAACAUUGCGAAAAUAUUAAAAUAUUGAAAAAAAAGAUCUUCCGUAUAUAAAUCCUAUAGAAUUAGAAAUUAAUAAUAAUGUAUCAAUAAAGUAAUCUACAGUAUGUAGUAAUGUACAUGAAAAAAAACUUCAUUCUUAUAAGAGGAGUGCAAUUUUAUUGAAAUACAGUGCAAAAAAAUGAAUUCAGACUUUUUCGGUAUAGACGGCCACGGUCGGCCUUAGAAUUUUUUCCCUUAAUACACAGCAACUAACAAGCAUUGUGAUAUUUGUUUAAUCCCACAAAAGUUGUCGGGUGUCAAAGUUGUUGAAACGAUACUAAAUUUUGAGUAUAUGACAAGCACUGUGUGUUUUGACACAAAAAUAGGUUCCUUUUUGGACGGCCCUUUUUAAAAGCCUGUUACAGUAUAAAGUUUAUUUUUGACUUAAGUUUGUAAUGGGUCGUUCCAGAAAACAUCUACACUCCCUCCACGGAGGAAAUUUUUGCCAUCGAGAGAUUUUGUUUCAAAAAUAGUAAGUGUAUUAGGUACGGAUGUUUUCUGGAAUGACACAAUCUCCUUGUUUGUAGUUACAGCCAUGGAAUGUUGAUACCCUGAGUAAAGAUGGUUUUAGUAAAACUGUAAGUAUGACAGAAUAUAUUUUUAGUCUGGUAUUUUACUACAAAACAAACGUCUGUAUAUGUGCCUGACCUGCCAAUGAUCAGCUGGCCAUCCUGACUUUUUCAAAUUUAUUUUCUCAGAUAAUCAACAAACCCAAAGAAAAAAAAGAAGAAAUCUUGUCAGAGGAUGAAAAGUGGAAGCGAUCGGUAAGGAAAUCUUUAUUUAUUUAUUAAACUUUGCCAUCCAACAAUAGUUUCUUGUGCGUUGACCUCCUUGACUUAACCCAUUGCAGGCCUGCAAAUUAGUACCGGUCAUCGGACAUUGUCCGGCCAAAUUUUAUCUUUUGUCCGAUCAAAGCUUCUCAUGACCGGACAUGUGACCGAACGAUUCAGGCUGGUCAAGUUCCCAUUCUCAAAAAAUUGUUUGUUUAACACAUUUUUUAUUAAUGGUCGGACAGAAUGAAUAUAGAUAGAUGGUGAUUGCUAGAUAGUAUACUUCAAAAUAAGGUUUCCGUUUUUAUGACGUAGAAAAAACUAUCCUAACGCAAAACUAAACCCUAACCCCAAUACUAAACCUAACCCCAACCUAACCCUAACCUAAACCCCAGCCUAACCCUAUCUUAUUUUAAAAAUAGAAUAAAAACGGAAAUCUUAUUUUGAAGUAUACUAUCUAGCAAUUGCCAUAGAUAGAUAGAUUGUUUAUUAAAAUCAAAUUACAUAGCAGCCCAAUGGCCGAAUUGCGUAAUUUACAAGGUUGGAGAGAUUAUGUUAAUUCACUUACAAAGAUAAUAGAUUAAUAUUACAUUAUUGGUAAAGUUAAAAGUUAAAAACUAAUGGUAAUUUACAAUGUUGGACACAGAAGGAAUGAAUGGCUUAUUGAAGUGAUCAGUACUACAAAGAGGAUUGUUAAAACGGAGAAUGUCCAGUGGUUUCCUUUCUACGUUGGACAAUUUCAUGAAUGUUAAAACGUGAGCAGCAGUGUUUUAUCAGAUAUAAAGAUACGAGGCAAAGCCGAGUAUCUUUAGGUCUGAUAAAACACGCGCACUGCAAAUGUUUUAAAUUGCUUCAAAAACGAUCGAUCUAGUAAGUUCAUUGGCGAAGUAAUUUUCAAAAAAUACGUUGUGUAAGUCGAGAACAUCAAAGUUAAAGUUUAUGUAAAUCAAACGAAAUCUCUAUCACAUAUAAAGAUACGACAUGCUUAUGAUUUUUCUUUGUGUUUUCCUCAUGAAUUAUUAACGAGUUUUUGAAGGCGUGAUAAAUUCCAAAUAUAAAUGCAGUGCCAUACAGUGCAAAAAUUGAAAUACAGUGCAAAUUUUUUAAAUUUUCUAUUUUCAAAUUUCUUAAUUUCUUAAUUUCUAAAUGUGUUUCUCAUGCAAUUUGAAAAAAAAAACAUACGCUCCUGAGUUUUUCAAAGACUUCAAAUUGCACUCGUCCUUCGGACUUAAAAAAACUCACUCGUGCAUGUUUUUUCCAAAUUGCACUCGAAACCAUACUAUUACCUAUACAAAUAAUCCAUUAGAUUAUAUUUAGCAUCAUAUAAGAAAUUUGCUAAACCAUCCAUUAGAUUGUUUAUAGCAUUACAAAUGACCUUCUCUUCUAGCAACAAUUUAUGGAUAAAUAUGAGAAAGAAAUCAAGAAAUUUGGAAUGUUGCAUGAAUACCAUGACUCUAAAGAAUAUUUAUUACAAAACAUACAGUUGGUUUGUGAAGAUACAGCAAACUAUCUCACACUUUGGUGUGUUAACCUCGAGGUGGAAGAGGUAUGUACAGUAUUGCUGGAGCUUUGUUUCCAAUAUUUCUGAACUGUUCUCCCUAGAGAUCCAGUAAAAGUCAUCUCUGUUUGACUAUAUUUAUACUGGAUAGCUCUAUCUGUUCUAAAUUCCGUUCUUCCUAGUGGUCCAGUAAGGCUUAUCUCGUAUUAAUCCAGUGUUACUACAGGAGGAAACCUAAACUAAACUAACUUUAUCCCUGCAUACCUCUAUCAGUUCUACACUGUUCUUCCUAGAGGUCCAGGAAGGAUCAUCUCUUAUUGAUCCAGUGUUAAUACAGAAGGAAACCUAAACUAAACUAACUUAAUUGAUACUGGAUAGCUCUAUCAGUUCUAAACUGUUCUUCCUAGAGGUCCAGUAAGGAUCAUCUCGUAUUGAUCCAUUGUUAAUACAGAAGGAAACCUAAACUAAACUAAACUAAACUAACUUAAUUAAUACUGGAUAUCUCUAUCAGUUCUGAACUGUUCUCCAUAGAGGUCCAGUAAGGAUGAUCUCGUAUGAUCCAGUGUUACUACAGGAAGAAUCCUAAACAAAUUUAUUUAUACUGGAUACUAGCUCUAUCAGUUCUAAAAUGUUUUCCCUAGACGUCUAAGUACAGGUUGUGUAUUUAUGUUCCAUCUGUGUUAUUACUAUAAGAGGAACAAGAGUACCACUCAAUGUUAAAGCCUGCAGAUCUCUUCGCUUUGCAGAAACAUGACUUGAUGAAAAGGGUUGCUCAUCAAACUAUCAUCAUGCAGUAUUUACUGGAAUUGAGUAAAACACUUGACGCAAGUCCACCCCAGACUGUCACCGUCUUUUUUACCAGGUAAAACCCCGUUACUGCGUUCUGGCAUUGGUGGGUUGAAUAUUAAAUCUCACCUGUACGUCAAUUCUAUUUAUUUGCCUUGAAAUACACACCUAACAACGCACAAGUUGUAACAAACCUGCAGCAGACUUGUAGCAAUGCUGUUCCAACAACGUGUCAACAGGAUGUGUUCGCACUGCUUGUUCCCAGCUUGCUACAAGGUUGUUGAGCUCAACAGACUUGUUAUACGAGUCGUUCCAACAACUUGUUAUCGUCCUGCAAUUCGGCAAGUUGUCAACAAGUUGUCAGUGACAACCUUGUAGCAACUAGAUAAAAUAACAGCAUUGUUACAGUAUAACUUGUUGACAAGCUUGCUACAAGCCUGUUGCGAACACAUCUUGUUGACAAGUUAAAAACAAGUUGUUACAAAUCUGUUCACAAGCUGUCAACAAGUUGUGUUCGCACUGCUUGUUCCCAGUUGUUGUAACAAGUUUGGAACAAGCUGUUAACAACUUGUAACAAGCUUGAUGGCAUUAUGAGUCUUGUAGCAAAGUUGUUCUAACAAGUCUGAUACAGUGUUGAUAUAACAAGAAUGUUUAAAGGUUGAUGACACAAGGUUGUAACAAUAUUGUUAUGUAAUGACUGUAUUGGACUUGUUGGAACAACCUUGCAACAAGUCUGAUAAUAUCAACAAGGUUGUUACAAGUUGUUAACAGUUUGUUCACAACUUAGGACAAGCAGUGCAAAGACAACUUUUUGACAACUUGUUGGCAGACUUGCUACACACGUAAAGCGCACAAGUUGUUACAGGUCUGCAAACAAGUUGUUACAAAUCUGUUAUAAGCUGUCGACAAGUUGUGAUCACACUGCUUGUUCCCAGUUGUUGUAACAAGUUUGAAACAAGCUGUUAACAACUUUUAACAAGCUAUUAUCAGACUUGUUACAAGGUUGUUCCAACAAGCCUCAUACAGUUGUGAUAUAACAAGAAUGUUACAAGGUUGACGACACAAGGUUGUAACAAUAUUGUUAUAUCAGACUUGUUGGAACAACCUUGCAACAAGUCUGUUGUUACAACUGUUAACAAGUUGUUCUGUACUUGUUGACAACUUGUAACAAGCAGUGCGAACACAACUUGUUGACGCCUUGUUGGCAGACUUGCUACAAGAUGUGAGAUUUGUGUGUGUGGUGUUGAAUCGGAAGCGAACUGUUCUAUUGAACAGUGGGUACAACUUACUGGCCAUAAUAAAGUUGUCUAUUAAGUAUUUUUUCCAAUGUAGGAUGGCAAAGGCAAAGACAGAUUUUACAGAUUACAUUCAGGCAUUUGAAGAUGAAAUGGCUUCAUUUAUCAAGAGAGUUGAGAACAGAGCGAAAGAAAGAAUUCAGAAAGCCAUUGAAGAUGCCGAGGAGGUACACCCUAAAUACAUUCCAUCUCAAAUUUGUUUCCUCGAAAGCUUGGGCUUCUCUUUUAGAACGAAAAAGAACAGAUUCAGCCUUGCUCAUUGUACACACGGAAAAGUCUCACAUUUGUAGCAAGUCUGUCAACAAGCCAUCAACAAGUUGUCUUUGCACUGCUUGUCCCAAGUUGUCAACAAGUUUGGAACAAGCUGUUUUAAACAACUUGUAACAACCUUGUUGCAAGGUUGUUCCAACAAGUCAGAUGCAGUCAUGAUAUAACAAUAUUGUUACAGCCUUGUGUCGUCAACCUUGUAACAAUAUUGUUAUAUCAUGACUGUAUUGGACUUGUUAGAACGUUGCAACAAGCCUGAUAAUAUCAACAAGGUUGUUACAACUUGGGACAAGCAGUGCGAACACAACUUGUUGGCAGACUUGCUACAAGAUGUGAGAUUUUUGCUUGUGUAAGCGAGUUGUGUGCUUGAUUUACACAGUACAACCAUAGAUUAAAUAUGGACGGAUGUAUAACUUCAGUAGAAAAGUUGUCCCAUGGUCGCCAUCUUCCUAUAGCAAGUGUCGCUCGCGUGAUUAUUCGUCAUUUGGUAACACGUCAUUGCUUUCAAAAAUGCUUUCAACACCUUUUCUACAACUUUAGUUGCUUUCAACAACUUUAAACAUUCAACAAAUGAUGCUCUUGAUUGUUUAAUCCAUAAAUUUCGAUCCAAAAAAGCCGCAAUAAAAUGCAAAAGUUCGUGUUUUUCAGGACGCCAUUUUGCCAGCAAGUGUCAUGGCGUGAGCAUGACGUGGAGAUCUGGGGAAAUUUGAGGACACAAAGUCCUAUUAAGUUACACAUUAAGUUGCACUGGUACAGGGAUGGAUCCAGCAUGAUCUGGUAGUGGGGUGCUCUGCCAGCUGUGGUGCUGAGUUGUGUCGGUCAUGUGUGCCGCCCGCCCAUCAACUUGCUUCACUACUGCAAAGUCUUGCUUGACUACUGCAUUUGAAUUGUAAUUGUUGUUCACAGUUCGCUUAUCAUCAUGUUAUUACUCAAAUUACUGCAUCUCAUUUUGCCUCCAAUAAUUUUUUGCUUUAUCAUGAAAAAUAGCACCCCCCCCCUGCACCCCCUCUGGCCAGGGCUAGGGGGGUGCACACCCCCUCCCCCCGGUAAAUCCAUCCCUGGAAUAAUAUGAAACUGGUUUUUCGUAUUUCUGAGGAUGGUUCUGAAAUACCCUUCCACCAACAAUACUUUUGGAUGAUCUUAAAUGAUUGGAGGACGGAGGUUUGCUUCUGUUAUUUGUAGUUGCAUGUUCUUCAAAUGCUUUUUACGUGCCUUUUUUAGGAGGCAUUCACUGCUAAUGGAUUAAGUAAAUUUUGGAAUGAACUUGUAAAAGAUGGUGAAGUUGCAAAUAACAGUUUGAAAUCAUUGAACAUUGGAAAUGAAGAAGAAGAUAGAGUUAAAGACGAGUGUAACGAGAAAACAAAAUCAAAUAUAUGUGAAGCAAGUGAUGGCACGAGCUGCGCUUGUUCUGGACAGAAACUUCAUAGCACAUGGGAGGACGAAGGAAAACACUGCAGAGAUUCUGAUGAAAUCAUUGAUUCCUGGACAUGGGGAGAGCAGCCGACAAUCUCAGAACUUACCGAAGCUGUUCACUCUCUAAUGGCAGAACAGUUAGAACUGAUAAGUGAAGCAUCAAAGUCAACACCAUCAUCUGUACGGUUGCAUCGAAGAUUACUUGUACUUGAGAGAUACUACAUUGCAUAUAUAUCAGGUUCUAAUGCUUCGUUUGGAUUUGGUUCUGCACAUAAAGAUGAUAAAAAGAAUACAGAUAGGAAGGAGAAGAAUUCCAUGUGAGUAAUACAUUUUUUUUUCAAGUCAAAUAACAAGGACAUGGAAUAGUAGAAAGGUUUCAAGAGACCUCAUUUUGUUGUCUAGGACAACUGAGAAAAUCAAAGCAUGUGAUCCACUCAGUCGGCUACAUUAAUACCGAAUUGUUGGGAGUGAAUCAAAUGGGAGCCAUUAUCUCCCUAUUAAUUUUGCAUUAUAGGAAUCUGAGUUUAUUCCGCCUUUUCAUUGGUUGUUAGCCUCAUCUACUGUGUUAAUGCACAUGUGAUGCCAUUUCUGUGAAGUAUAAAUGUCUUUAACAGCUGCGUGUCUCUCAUACAUGUAAGCAUCGCGAACCAAUGAUGUACUUUGUUUUGUAUAGGUCAUGGAACAUGUAAGAUGCUAUAAUUUAAAUAUCUUUCUAACCAGCUUCAUCUUGCCCCAGAAGCUUGUGGGUCAAUGUUCUUACCAUGUUAUAUGACGUCCACUUUGUUUCUCUAACUGAACAGAUAACUGCACAUAAAAUUAUUAAUAAUAGGUCAAAUAUGACAAAAGUAUUUGUGAUGGCUUAUUACCAUAGAAAUAAUAGAUAUAGAAUGCGUACUUGAUCACGAAUCAUGUCUCCACUUUUUUCAUGCGUGCCCUUAUAAAUCCGCCAUGUUUGAAUUUGACUAGAAGUGCAAACUACAAAGUAUAAACAAAGCUAAAACUACGUUUUCAUCGUCAAAACGCUUAUCUUGUUGUCUUAUUUGUAGUUUGGGGAUAGAUUUUGAGUUUUUUGAAGGCACAAACUGUCAAAGCAAAUGUUCAGGUACAAAAACGGUGAAAAUCGUGCAGCCUUGUAAACAAAGUAUUUUCGCCCGUUUCUCGAAAUUUACUCAUAAAACAUUUUUGCAUGCUUUGAACGUCACUACUGUCACUGUUUUGCUAAUAUCUUAUAAGAUUACAAAAUGAUAGUUCUUUCUUCGUCGGGUUUCGUUUUUCUUUGAUGUAAACGAAGGUUUUUUAUUUUUUUGAAACAAAAAUAUUUAGUUGUCGAUAGACUGUAUUAAAAUCUAAAUAAUCGUCGAAAACUAUGGUUUCAAAAGCGUUGCCUCAAGCUCAAGCAACACAGAAAAAUAUGAAAAGGAAUUGUGUAAGUUUAAAAACAUUACUGAACUUCAUUUAUAAUAUAUUAUAUUACAAAAAAGUUGAAAUAUUUAUAGAACAUACCUAUUGAGUUUCAGUUUGUCUUGAUCUUUCGGGUUUUGUUUUGGCUUGCACAACAACGUUGAAAAUUUAUUUUUAAACGAUGAUUUCUGUAUAUAUUCUGUUCAGAACUGUUGCUUUUCGUAAAAAAGCCCACUAGAAUGGGUUUUUAGACACUUUUUUCCACUUUUUUUUCCAUUUUAAGUCUCGAUAUAAAUUUUUUUGCAAACUUUGCAUUUGAAAAAACAGUUUGCCCUCUCUGCAACCGCGCGAAAUUCCCACUGAAAUUCUCUGCCGCCUGGGAGUCUGGGAACCAAAAUGCCCUUAUAAAUCCGCCAUUUUGUGGAGACAAAUUUUUCACUGAGAAAAGAUAGGAGUACGCAUUCUAUAUCUAUUAUUUCUAUGCUUAUUACCUAUGUGUACAAUGCCCUGGACAUCUAUUUUAACAAGUAAAUGUACAUACACUGAAAUUUGUAUUUCACCUAGCACUACAGCAAAAUCCAUACCAUAAGAGAAAAAUCAGUUCGCUUGUAAUCGACAUAAAGUGCAUGUGAAACACAUGUCUGCAGGAGUUUUGUGUUUGUUCCUGUAUGUUAUACAGUUAUAGUGUACUAAUUUGACAGACACUGUAUUAUAAUGUAGUCACUUUUUUUCUGCAUGCAUGUAACUUGAAAUUUGUAUAUAUAUGUAAUGCUUUAAAAAUAUUUGCAGCCUAUACAUACAUAUGCUCGCAUUUCGUUAGCAUGCUGUAUAGACCAGCCGGCUUAAAGUACGGCUUAGCCAAUAUUAAGAUUUACAAUUUUUUUACAAGCUUGCAUGCAAUCUAGAGCUUCGUGUUUACUGGAUAAUGUGAUGGUGGUGGUGAUGAUGGUGGUGGCAUAUAAAUAUGAGUAAUCAUGCUUUGAAUAGGGAUGACGGUGCCUAUUUCCCAGAGGAAUUCAUGCAUCUCAUUGGCAGGCGACGUCAUCCCUUGGGUAUUUAAGAAGCCACGUUUGUAACUUUAGAUCGCCCCUGACACAGAUGAGGUAAAUACCUCAUAUUUACCAAAUAUUUACCUCAUCUGUGCCCCAGAUGAAGACACUAGACUGGAGUGUCGAAACGUUGGGUCUUGAUUACAAUUCGACUGGGCUUUGUAAUCAUUUAUUUAAACCAGAGUAGCGAGCGAAACAUGAUUGAUAUACUUGGUUGCAGUGAACGAACAAACUUUAAAACUUGUAAUUAUUUUCAGAACUGCGCGCAGACGACAGACGACAUCAUCAACAGUUGGUCUUGCACAUAUCGGUGCACGUGCCGCAUUUUCCUUUGCCUGUGCAUUUUUACGUCGUGCCUGGAAGUCAGGCGAAGAUGCUGAUUUAUGUCGUGAGUUUCUUCAAGAGGCUCAUGAAGCAUUGCAAGGUCUACCAGAAUGUUUAUUAUUCAAUGAAGAAACUGUUUCACCAGUCUGGAUUGAUACUGUAGAACGAGUGUCGAUGUUUCUUAAAGCAGUCGUAUCAGGGUAAGUAAAAACCUAACUUCCUAACUUCACUAAGGGCCUUGGCUCGUCGAAGUCCUGCUUUUAUUUUUCAUGUAGUUGUAUAAUCUGUCGCAUUCCGCACCUUUCUAAGUAAAAACCUGCCCACACCCAGCCCGCAAAAUGCAAGCCCUCUUCUCGCUCUUCAACAUUGAGCUAUAUAUAUUUACAUAGUACAUACAUAAUAUGAAAUGCUUUAAUAUACAGUACGUUCGUCACUCACUUCACUUGCUUUCCAGUUGGACCCGGGGUGGGCUCCCUGUAUUCUUCGCGAUGAAUUUUGUCGCUAACCUGCUAUAUAUUAGUUUUUUUACAGCGCGAAAAACUUUUCCUACUGUAGUACUAAGUAUAGAUAACGAGGUUUAAAUGUAUAAUCUUUCGCGCGAGUGAAUUGACGAUAUGGAACUCAGAAGUGUGACUGAUAGAUUUCCAUUCAUUCAUUCAUUCAUUCAUUCAUUUAUUUUCACGUGUUUGAUUUUGCCUGUCAUACAAAUAUCACAGUAGCAUACAUCCACAGAGCAAAUUCCCAACACUCAGAUUAUCAAAACGUAAAGUCCCUCAGAGUUAUUUAGUAAAGGUUCAUUUCCACUCAGGAAAAUAUUCCACCGAAAGAAAAUUUUGUUAAUUGUGAUUGGCCGACACAAAUUUUCCGUCGGUAAAAAAUUUUGAAGUUGAAAAUUUUCAACUUUUAAGGCCCAUUUCCACUCAAGAAAAAUUUCCACGGACAGAAAAUUUUCCGAAAAUAUCAUUGUUAAGGUGGCUCCCUACAGUUCUCUAAAAUUCUAGGUAUUUUGAGUAACGUUCGCUUUGAACCGAAUUUAUAUUAGAUACACUUAAGACAAGGCAAUAUGAUCAUUUCCAGGAAAGUUCAGAAGCUGUGUGCUGUCCAUUUAUGAACAAAUUAGAACAGUGUUCGUGUUGCCAUGGCAACCAUGAUGUUUAAUCUUUUGCACUUUUAUUGUCUAAUUUCACAAUAAAUUGACAAUAUCUAUAUUUUCCUUCGGUGAAGUUUUCUGAAAUUUUUUUUGAAGAUUUAUGGCCCAUAAAGGAAAAACAUAUCAAAAUUUGAAGGGAAUUUACAAAUAAGUUUUCGAGAUAUUCGUGAAUGACGGUUACAGAAAAAGUUAUUUGUAGAAUUUCUUAAAAUUUGGAUAUUUUGUACUACUCGUCUUGUAUAACAAAAAUACAAAGUUAAAAAAAAUUUCACCGAAGAAAACACGAGAAAAUCAUCGCUAAAAUCGGCGUGGCCAGCAUGAAAAAAAAUCGACUCGACAUGAGCACGAUCUGCGCAUGCGUGUAAAUUGUAGCGUGUGAUUUAUUGUGAUUUCAACUUUUUGGCUUACAAUACAUACGAAAACAGAUAUUUCUGACUUGUUUGACAUGAAAAUAAAAUAUUAAUCUUGAAAAUACUAAUAAAAAAACACUAUUAUAGGCAUUGUAUUAAAUCCAGUGUUAGUUUACAUUUGUUUUUGUUGUUAAAAUCGGUGUGAAAACUUUUCAAAACAUCGAACUACAAGUUUAACUUUUCAUAUAAAACAACUCAUAACUGUUUUAUUUGAUUUAGCAGAUAAAACGAUACCUGUGAAUUGAAUUGAUUGACAGAACUUACAUAAGUUUCGGUGACAGUUCACUACUCUUCAAGAGUUAUAGAAGGCAGUAUCGUUUCAGUUUGACAGUUCGCAACACAACAAGUUGAAAAUUUUGAGCAAUAUGAAAGACAAUACUGAACGUAAAUACGUAAAAACACACUAAAAGAUUGGCUAAACUAUUUAAUAACAUACGUACUGUUCGAAUUCACAAAAAAAUUAGGAUUAUAAUGAAAAACUGGAGCUUUCUUUGUAAAAAGAAACGCCAAAAAACUUCCCGCGGCUUGUUUCAAUAUUUUUGCCGAACAGUAAACACGACGAUUCCACGCGCAGGUCGCGAGGAUGAAGUCUGAUCUAUAUAAAUGUAUUUAAACUGUACUAACUGUAGGGAUCCACCUUAAAAGUUGAAAAUUUCUUUUCCGACGGAAAAUUUGUGUCAGCCAAUCACAUUUUACAAAAUUUUCUUUCUGCGGAAAUGGGCCUUUAACAAUGAUAUUUUCGGAAAUUUUUCUGUCCGUGGAAAUUUUUCUUGAGCGGAAAUGGGCCUUAAGAAAGCUUCGGAUUGAUAAGAAUGCAACUACCUGAAAAAUACAAGGGGAACUUCGACGAGAAAAAUACAAGGGGAACUUCGCGAAGGUCCUUCGUCGCAACCUUUUAGUAGCCAACUAAGUUCCCGACGAAGGAUCUUCCACGAAGAGCACUCGCUCGAAACGUCAAAGUUCUCCUUGUAUUUGUCACAGGGUGUCCACUGGCCUUGAAAAUCCUGGAAAGUCCUUGAAUUGGAAAAAAAUUCCAGGACUGGAAAGUCCUUGAAAAUCAGUAGAAGUCCUUGAAAGUCCUGGAAUUAAUUUCCUUAACCUCCAGCUGUGCCAACAUUGCUGAUUUUGAUUAAAAUUACUGAAUGAAGUGAAUUAUAAGCAAAUCCGUGCCAUUUUCAAAGAUUUUCCCAGUUCCAGGUCCUUGAAUUUACUGAAAAAGGGCUUUGAAAGUCCUGGAAAAGUCCUUGAAUUUCACGAAGCUUUCUUAUUAUUGGCACUACCCACACACUGGCACAGGCGUAUUUCAAGGGUUAUUUAUUAUUUUCCAGAGGAAAUAAUGAAGGUGGAAUUCUGUACAGAACUUUGGAUAAUGUACCCGUAAUGGAUCAACACUUGGCCUUGGGUAUAUUUCUGGAACUAGCUUUCCAACGAGGAUCUUUAAGUCACAUCUUAGAAUCAGUCUUGUUGUUACUUCGUUUGUGGGAUCGUGGUCAAGAUAAUGAGAAGAACUUGGCAUGUACUACUGCACCAUUGAAUCCAUUAUUAAAACGCCUGGAACAACUUUCUGAAUCUAAAUGCAAACUAGCAGUUCCAAGAAUACCUGAAGAGGUGUGUAAUUUCUUAUUGUGUUUUUCUUAUAGACCUGGUUCAUAUAUCACGUGACUGUCUACACCGAUAAAUCGAGCCAAACACCGUAAUACAAACUAAAUAAAUGUUCUUUUUUCUCAACAUCUUUAACAGAAAAAAAAAUUUAGCAUGCAGAAGGUUCUUUUCAUAUCAUAUGUACAUUUUAGAACGACAGGCUGUCAUACGAGUAUACUGUAAUACUGUAUAUAGUGUAGACAGUCCAGGCCUGGAAUUUCCCUAAAACUUCUCCGCGGCAAUAACGUCAAAAAUUGCCAUUGAAUGCAGCGGCUCUCUAUGGCAAUUUUCGCCAAUUCUGCGGCAUUUGUUAUGCCAUAUUGCAUAUGCAUUGUGGGCGCCAUGCAGACAUUGUGGAGACAAAAUUUCUGCAGACAUCUAAUGAUACCAAUGAAUUCAAUUUACACUACGGCAAAAAUCUGCCGUCGUUGUCCACAGUGAUCCACGGCAUUUUCUUCUCCAACUACGGUGAUACCUACAUGCCGCGAUAAAAUUCCAACCCAGGACACUAUAACAUGUCAAAUGUCGGCAGAUCAUGUUUUUUUCUCGCUUUUUGAACAUUCUUGGACCAAUUAUCUUCAAGUUGUCAUCUGUGCUCUAUAGUUGCAUAUCGUGAGUCACGUUCAUAUUCGAAGAAACGUUAUAUCAUGCAGGAUUGAACAAGGUGUCCAGUACUCCAGUUUCUUUUAUUAAAAAAACCCAGCAAGUAAAAUAUUCGUUAUUACGAGUCCUCCUAAAUUAUAAGAGAUUCUUGUUUGUAUACUCUUGUUUGUAUACACCAAAUGGCAGAAAAAAAUCAUUUUUCCAGGCCGCCCGUGCAUUUGCGCGCAUAUACCUUCGUUAGUAUUCGCGACGCAUACACCUGUGAUAUGCAAUGGCACCAAUACAGUGCUUUUCCUUGUCAUAUGCAGCAUAUACAUAUAUAGUAUAUAAAUUUAAUUCAUUAAAUUUGUCGUUAUUUAGGCGUCAUCUUCAUCUGGACCGGCAAUCAGUCCAACUGAAUGUUUUCUACGUUAUGCAACGUUACCUGAAGAUGAUAUAGAAUUACUGGAUGUUCAACAAGUUGCUGUGACAAUACUUUCCUAUCUUGAUCGCUUCUCCACUUCUUAUUCACCUGCUCAAAAUCUUGGCAAGGUGAGCCAUUAUAUAACUCAUUGUAUAUAUGUAGGUAAACGUUCUUAUAGCAAUUUAAAGAUGGCGACUAAAGACUCUUCCACUUAUCGGAUAGCCUGCAUGUCAGGCUCUAUGCUUGAAAUACAGUAGUCUCUGAAAUACAGUUAGCCCUGCGUGGUCCAAACUUGCCCGCUUCGCUUGAAGCUUGCAAAUUGCGACGGGAGGCCGGGCACCGAAGUCGAAGAAAUAUUUUUGAGCUAUGUUUCAUAUUGUCAAACCCAAUUGCUCGAACGUUUUCAUAUAAUUAUCAAACCGACAAGAUUGUCGGCUGAUGAAUAAAAUUCGGCUGAUGAAUAAAAUUGUCGGCUGAUGAAUAAAAUUGAUGAAUAAAUUUUUGAUGGAAUUAUUUGAUGAAUUUACGUCUUGAGUACGACUCUUAUUAAUUACAUAUGGUCGAUAAAUAUUGCAAAAUGUAUUCGGAAAAAUUGAAAUUUUCUACUUUAUUUAAGCAUGCAUAAGACCUUCUCACCAAUGAUUGCAGUUAGCUUCAGGUACUUGCAGGUAGCGCCGCUACCUAGGAUCCCAACAUUUGACAGGCAUGACGCAGGGUACUUAUCGCAAAAACCAACUCGCAAGCUCGCUGCGAGUACUUGCAUCUAAAUAAAUGCGAGUACUUGCAUCUAAAUGAAAAUAAACUGUCGAGCAUUGUGAUUGGAUGCAAGUACUCGCAGCAAUUUACGAUGAGUACGAGCCUUAGCGAAGAGAAGAACUUAAUUCUAUAAAAUAUGACCCACGAGCCUGAUUUUUCUGUUGAAACGUCUUUCCAAUCUGAGGACGAUUUUUCAAUGUCAUAGAAAUGGAGUGAAAAGUUUUUCUUCUGUUUGCCACACUGCAAAAACAAGAUACCACAUAUAUCACGAAAAAAUAGAUACUACUACUUGUAUCUGCCGCGUAAAAACCUCCCGCUGUCGUUUAAUAGUCAUUGACAGUCGAAUCGCGACCGUACAUCGCCGUAAUCUUAACAUCGUACUGUAUAUAAUGCACCGCUUCCCUGUAUAGAUAUUUAAUAUUUAAAACAGGGUUCGUAGUUCGUACAAAACUUGAAAGUCCUUGAAUGUCCUUGAAUUUGAAAACAAAAAUUCAAGGCCUUGAAUUUGUAAAGAAGUACUUGAAAGUCCUUAAAUUUUUCUUGCUUUAGUUUUUGGAUAUUUUCUGAAAUUGUUUACAUUCAAAACGGGCAUUUUGUUGAAUUGAUUUUGCAUGUUAAAAAAUUCAACGUCAGAUUUUAGUGAUUUCUAACCCCUUCUCUUCAGUAUUUAGUCCUUGAAUUUGCUGAUACAUGGCCUUGAAUGUCCUUGAAAAGUCCUUGAAUUUCACUCUUCCUCACAUGUACAAACCCUGUUAAAAGUUUCAACAAGAUUUGAUUCAAUUCGUGAUGGUUUUCAUUUUGUAUUUCCUCAUGUCUCUUUUGCUUUCCGAGUAUAUCGUGAUGUAUACAGUAGUGGUAAUAAAUUCGAUGGUUUUAGCUAAGUCGAUCCUUUUCUCUUCCAGUACCUUUGACUUUGGAUCAAAAUAUUUUUUGUAGUCCAGCUUCGCGUAUUUCGUCAUUCGUUCUUCUUGUUUUUUCAAGUCAUGCCUAUAGAAAAGGAAAAUUUUCGUCUUGGCAAAUAUAAAUUUCAGUUUGGAUCUUCAGUGCUGUACAUGCAAGUAGUUGGAAAAGCCUGGAAUCUCUGGGCCAGUGGAUUUCGGGAACCUGACUUGCCCCAAGAAAAUCUAAAGUUUCUUAGAACUGAGGAACAAUUUACUAUUGAACUGAGGAACAAUUUACUAUUUCCUCAACUGAGGAACAAUUUACUAUUUUAGUGAUUUUACAUCACAUAAUUUGUGACUUGUGAGGAUGAGAAUUCGGAAAAUAUCAUAUAAUACACACUGGGGAGAAUAUUUGUGCAGAAGAAUUGAAUAUCAGCAUUGAAGCAUUGAUAUUUCAUAAUUAAUAUUUGAUAUCGGAUCGUCAACAGUAAUCACUAUUGACUAUUCAACAGUGAUGUGUUGACUUUUUUCAGUUUGUAUAAUUUAAUCCUUGUAAUAAUCAUUCUUAAUUUCUUAUAUAAUUUUUUGCUUACAACUUGCAAGAUGAUUUUUCAGUUUGCUCACGAAAAAUUUUGUCUUGACCCAAUACACCUAUAGGAGGCUUUUCUACAGGCAUGUUUCAAGUACAACUUUCAAUUGAUCUUGCAAGAUUAGUCUCCCCCCACCAUGAGCAAACGAACAGAGACUGCUAACAAACCAUUUUCUCGUUGGUUUUCUCUUUAAUUUUCUCAUUGAUUCUGUCCUAUAGAUACAGUCAAAUGGUUCACAAAACGUAUAUAGUUGGGGAUUUGUUGGUGUUUCAAACAGUGGCUAUAGUACGACACCUGUUCAUUCUCAGGCAUUGAGUGAACUUGAUAUGAAACAAAUCAGUUGUGGUGAAAGAUCGUUCGUUUUGCUCACACAUGAUGGAAAGAUUUACUCUCAUCUGUACAACGCAGAAAAACAGGUAAUAAAUGUACACCCUGUUGAUAAUUAUGACACAAUGCACGCUGCCAGAGCGACUCUUGUUUUGACAACGUUGUUCACUGUUGAUAGAAUUAUGAUUUUAACUUCUGCGCAGAGGUGGAAAUUUUUUGUGGGAACCCGGGUUUAUAGGGCUCAAAAAUUUCUGCAAAAGAUUGCCAUAAAUAGGGAAAAAUAACAAAAUUGUCUUAAAGUGUUGUCGUGUGAAGCAAUAUGUGUUCAAGACUGAUAAGGCAUACAAGAUAAAUCCAGAAAUAGUCAUGGUAUAGUUAAAGUCUUACAGGAUUAAAAACAAAUUUCCUGCUGCAGGUUAUAUGAACAUUUUUUAUGAAACUUUUCUGCUGUAAUUUACGUAUCGAGAUGGUAGAUAUUAGGUGUUUAAUCACAUUGCAAUAAUUAUAGGUAUCUAGUAAUUUACAUAUUCUAACAAUCUAAUUUUCAGAAUUAGCUAUCAAACAUACAAAAAAUGUCUGAAAAUUUCUGCAAAAAUGUAGACCCCCAAAAAUUCUGGGAACUAGAUUCUCAGGUUCCAAUAUUUUUCCACCUCUUCGGGUCUUCCUAUGUGGUUUAGUCAUCACAUACUGGGUCCACCUGCAUAAGAUGACAAUGUGUCAAAGUUGAAUACCAACUAACGGCUACUAAAACCCACCAAUCAUUUAUAUUCUCGACCAGGUUCCUGUAUUACUUGAAUCUCUUGCGGGUAAAGCUGAUAUUGUAAAGCUAGCAUCUCAUCCUGAUGCUCGACAUUAUCUGGCUUUAAGUAAAGAUGGAAUGGUCUAUAGUUGGGGAUCAGGAGAAGUUGGAGCACUUGGGCUUGGAGAUACUAU